AUGACGGACUACAAGUUCCAGGGAUGGAUGGGCCUCGACAAGGACUCCGCCGAGGGCAAGAUGGUCUGGCAGGAGUUUCCAAACGUCAAGCCAUUCGAAGAGACCGACGUCGACAUCCAGAUCACCCACUGCGGUAUCUGUGGUUCUGACCUGCACACGCUACGAUCCGGGUGGUGUACGGAAAGCUGGCACCCCGAGAGCUUGAAUAUCGCUGACAUUGUCUGACUGAAGUCCCUACUCCCUAUCCUUGUUGUGUAGGCCAUGAGAUCGUUGGCAAGGCGGUGCGUGUGGGUUCCAAGGUCGAGAAGGGCAUCAAAGUUGGAGACCGCGUCGGCGUUGGCGCUCAGGCCGCUUCGUGCUUGAAGCCAGACUGCGAGGAGUGUGCUGCUGGUAUUGAGAAUCACUGCCAAGGCACGGUCGGCACGUACGGCUCCAAGUUUCCAGAUGGCUCCGACUCCUACGGUGGAUAUGCGGAUUACCACCGCUGCCACUCGCAUUUCGUGGUCAAGAUUCCAGACGAGAUCCCGAGCGAGGAGGCAGCACCAAUGCUCUGCGGCGGCAUCACAGUCUACUCUCCUCUGAAGCUGAACGGCUGUGGUCCUGGCAAGAAGGUCGGCAUUAUCGGCAUUGGUGAGUUCUUAAGAUCGCCGUAGCAUGCAUGAGAGGCUGACUUGGGUGUCUCAGGCGGUCUGGGUCAUUUCGGCGUUCUCUUCGCGAGAGCCCUCGGUGCUGACAAGGUUGUCGCGAUCAGCCGCAAGAACAAUAAACGCGAGGAUGCUCUUAAGCUUGGAGCAGAUGAGUACAUUUCGACCGACGACGACAAGGACUGGGCUGCGAAGAACUCCCGCAGUCUCGACCUCAUCGUAUGCACCGUGUCAUCCGACAAGAUGCCUCUCUCCGACUACUUGGCUCUUCUCAAGGUCCACGGAACUUUCAUUCAGGUUGGCGCUCCAGAGGACAAAUUGCCAGACUUGACUGCUUUCGCUCUCGUCAUGAAGGGCGUCAAGAUUGGUGGCUCCUUAAUCGGUGCGCCGGGGCAGAUUGAGGAGAUGCUGCAGCUCGUUGCGGAGAAGAAGAUCAAGCCCUGGAUUAACACUCGGCCAUUGAAAGACGCAAACCAAGCCAUUCUGGAUUUCGAGGCCGGUAAGCCAAGAUAUAGAAUCACGCUGGUCAACGAGAAGCACCUGUAA